AUGACGUGCAGGAAGAGGAGUCCCGAAUGCUAUGGUGGUCAGGGAUUUCGAAGUUCAGCGGUCCCGCUCGGUGCAGACUGGCAGCAACAGGCCGGCCACUAUGGCCGGCGUACCAUCGGCCUGACGCGCACAGAGAAGCCCCUGUGUUCAGUGCAGGAGACAGUUGGCGGUAACAGUGUAAUUCACAAUGUUUCAAGGAGCAGCAACUGUUUCAAUGCUUGCUUGUUUUGCCCGGCGAUGGCAGAGAACACGUUUAACCGGCUGGGAAAAUGCAGCGAUAAAUCUUCGGCGAAAAACAGAGACAGUUGGACGCUGACUUGUCCCCAUAAAUGCAUGGGAACCGAACCAAACCCUUUGAGUAGCCCGUUCACCUCCUCGCCUGUGCUGGCGCUCCACCAAGAACCACUGACACAAAAACCUCUGAAGAAGACACCAGCGAGCCGUUCCUCCCUCCAGUGCUUUGGACCUCGCAGCAUGAUGCUGAGACAAAACAAACCAGUCCUGGGUCGGGUCAGAGGUCAGACCCUGAACUCAUUGAGAGGCUUGAAGGUGACUCGAAAUCCCUCAAACGUCUCGCAGCUGGAAGUUACGAGUGGAGCAAGCUCUUCAUCAACCCAUGUCAGGCCUCUUAUCCACACACAUGUCCAAAGAGGGAAUUUGUGCUUCGUGGCAUGUGUGUCCCCAGCAUGGGGCCGCGGCGGGCCCCGUGCCGGCCAGCUGGAGGCUCAAUCUGUUGAGGGGGUCCGCCGCUCAGUGGUGGGAGGCCGGCCGGACCCACAACGGUGCCCCCGACCAUUUGCCCCGGGCCUCCCCUCUGACCGGGACGUGCCGCUCGGCCGCCUCAGCGAGGGACUGACAGCUCUGCGCAACCUCACCCACCGGGACGGCGUGGAGGAUGUGGAAGGUUAG